CAGUGGUGGGCUUGAUCGGCAUGGGCGACAUGGGAAAGAUGUACGCUCGCCGGCUCAGUGAGGCCGGAUGGAGAGUACACGCCUGUGACCUUCCAGACAAGUAUGAUUCAUUGGUUGAAGAAUUCAAGGACAGCGUACGAAAUACCUUCCUGCCUAUACUGUAUAUAGCUCUUGCAAUGCACAACAUCUUGCUGAGGCUUUCAGCAGNNGAGAACGUAACGGUUUUCAAGAACGGCCACCAUGUCUCGCGUAGCAGUGACUAUAUCAUCUACUCUGUUGAAGCAAAGAACAUUGACGCCGUCGUCGCUGCCUAUGGUCCAUGUCUGUCAACUCCAUCUCUUGCUUCCCUUCCAUGCUGGUCGUUCUCGACACUGACAUGUCUGACUCCCAGCANNACCAAGAUGGGCGCCAUCGUCGGCGGCCAAACCUCGUGCAAAGCCCCCGAAAUGGCAGCAUUCGAAAAACACCUCCCCUCCGACGUUGAAAUCGUUUCUUGUCACUCCUUGCACGGGCCCGGUGUAAACCCCAAAGGCCAACCCUUGGUCCUCAUCCAACACCGCGCCUCAGACGCCAGCUACAAUCUCGUUGCCGAAAUCCUGUCUUGCUUUGAGAGCAAGCACGUCAAACNNUUGACGGCCGAAGCCCACGAUCGCAUUACCGCAGACACACAGGCCGUCACGCAUGCAGCUUUCUUGUCCAUGGGCACUGCAUGGGCAGCCAACAAUCAGUUUCCGUGGGAAAUGCCUCGCUAUGUGGGUGGCAUUGAAAACGUCAAGAUCAACAUCACACUCCGCAUCUAUGCCAACAAGUGGCACGUCUAUGCCGGUCUGGCAAUCCUGAACCCAGCUGCCAAGCGCCAGAUCAAGCAAUACGCCGAAUCAGUGACCGAGCUGUUUAAACUGAUGCUCGGAGGCCAUAAGCAAGAGUUGAAGGAACGUAUCGAGUCAGCUCGCAAAGCAGUGUUUGGCAAUGCAGACGGCAGCAAAGAGCAUGAACUGCUGCUCCAAGACGACUUGCUCGAUCAAUUCAGUCUGGGAGAGAAACCUGCUGCCAGCGAACGAGUAAAGAACAAUCAUCUUAGUCUGUUGGCCAUGGUGGAUUGUUGGUGGAAGCUGGGGAUUGUGCCUUAUGAUCAUAUGAUUUGCUCGACACCGGUAAAGAUUUUUAAUACUCCUUNNCUCUUCCGUCUCUGGCUGGGCAUCACAGAAUACCUCUUCCGCAACCCCGAGCUGCUUGAAGAAGUCAUCGAUACCGCAAUCGACGACAACACUUUCCGCCGCGAUGACUUGGAGUUUACCUUUGCUGCUCGAGUAANNGACUGGUCCGAACGUGUCUCCUUUGGCAACAUGGACGGCUACCGCAGCAAAUUCGAAAAGAUACAGGCCUACUUUGCUCCGAGAUUCCCAGAGGCCACGAGGGUGGGUAACGAGAUGAUCAAGACGAUUGAGGAGAGUCUUAGACAGAGAAAGGGCAAUGAGGGUAAC